AUGUUCCCCAGACAGCUAUUCACUAGAACCAGUACUCGCAAUUUGAACCUGAGUGUUAUACUUAGAAGACUCAAGUCUACAAGGCCUCCACCUCUACCACCUCGUCCUACCCUCAAAGGAAAUACAUUGCUCAUUUUAGGUGCAUUGGUUGUUGGAUCUACAAUUGCUGCCACAUUAUACAACAAAGACGGACCUAAAUCGGCAUUCGAGCCAAGUGGAACAACACAAGCUAAAUCGCCUGAAUUCCCACCAGGAAAGAUCAAUGUUGUGUUUGUCCUUGGAGGCCCUGGUGCCGGAAAGGGAACCCAAUGCGAUAUUUUAGUCAAGGAAAGAGGUUUCACUCAUUUAUCGGCUGGUGACUUGUUGAGAGCCGAGCAAAUUAGAAAAGGAUCGAAAUAUGGGGAAUUAAUUGCCAAGUGCAUCAAGGAAGGUACUAUUGUCCCACAAGAGGUUACAAUUGAAUUAUUGAAUAACGCAAUCAAGGAAAAAUACCAACAAGGACAAACAAAGUUCUUAGUGGAUGGGUUCCCAAGAAAGAUGGACCAAGCUUUAACUUUCGAAGAGACAAUUGCCGAAUCAGCAUUGACCAUUUUCUUUGAAUGCCCUGAACAAGUUAUGUUGCAAAGAUUAUUAGAGCGAGGCAAAACCAGUGGAAGAGCUGAUGACAAUAUUGAAAGUAUAAGAAAAAGAUUUAGAACAUUUGUUGAAACAUCUAUGCCUGUGGUUGACUACUUUGACAAGCAGGGUAAAGUUGUCAAAGUUAGAUGUGACCACCCAAUUCCUGUUGUUGCCAAACAAGUGUUGGAAGCAUUAAAGGAUAAAGGAAUCCAGUUUUAG